AUGCCACGGAGAUGGCUGGCAACUGAGGCUAAACCAAUUUUUGAUCACUUCUUUGGAGCCGCCAACGCUGGGAAACGUCUCUCGCUUCAUCCAGACCUGAGGAAAGGACGUCGUCCUGUUCGAAGGAUGCCUCAGGAGGACAUGGGCCGUCCUCGGUUUUGGCCAAUAGGAGGGAAGGAAUUUCCUCCUAUUUUUGAAGAGGAGGACAUUGAAGAAGUGUUUCUUGGUAGUCCAUCAGAAGGUGAGCUACACAGAGGAGACAUCAUUUACCAGAUACAAGGUCAUGAUACCGCUGGGAUGAAUCACAUGGAUGCCCAUGACCUCAUAAAGGCGGCUGGACAAAGAUUACAGCUCCUAAUUCGCAGGCUACCAGGAGCUCCACAAACUCCGAGUACUCCGACGAGUCCGAUCCCGCAAUCGGAUGGUAUCCAUCCUUAUGCGAAGCUACUUCGAGAAACCGAAAGUGCCCGAACGUUUCCGAAAGCACCCAUGUUCCAGCCGAUGUCUCCGCCGAGGGUGGCUCCCCAACCACAGUACCAACCAAUAAAAAAUUACUGCUAUUCACCGCUACCAAGCACACCUUUGCCAGACCACAGUCUAGUGGGUGGCCAUUUUGCACCCACUCCACGUAACCUUGCUGACGUAGAGCUACAUGGAUACAGACAAGAAAAGUACAGGGAACAAGACGCAAUUGUUAGCCAGGGUUAUCGAACUCUUCCACUGAUUUCUCCAAAGCCGAAAGCUCGUCAUGACAUCCCUAUGGGGUCCUACUUGAGGUAUAACCAGAGUCCCGACUGGAAAGGACGCUCGACAAUACAACCAUCCCAACCUGUGUUCGUCAAUAGUUUUCCAACCCCUACCUAUUCAACGAUCGGCACGUAUAGCAGGAAACCGCGAGCACCACCACCAGGUGCUCCGAUGUUUGAGCGACCAAUCGACGAAAGCGCACAACUGGUACACCAUCAAUACAACUCUCCCAUGUUUCUUUACUCCCAGAAAAAUAUAGAAGAUACUAUCAAGGAACAAACAGGCGUCGCACCGACACGAACGAAGCUAACCGUCAACACUGCAACUCCAGCAGGUGGACAAGGCCCCUUAUCUCCGGGCACCCCUGGCACUCUGGCUCCAGCAAAGCCCGGAACGAAGCUGUCCAACAUAGUGGACAUCACCCUUUCUCCAACUUUCCAGAUGAUUCAGGAAGUUGAAAAUAGGGCAGCGAGCCCUAUCAGUCCUGAAAUCAGGACACCAACCCUGCCUCGAAAAGCAGCCCCAGGUAUUACCAGAACCGUGGUUAGGGGUCCGAGACCUUUCUACGAACAGGACAGAAUCAACGCUUUUGGAUGCCCUAAGGAGAUCAUUCACCAAUCCGGGAGCUUCAAAACUUUGAUGUCUGCAAUGUAUGAUGCACCGACUGAGCAGCAAGCUUAAUUUCAACUUGGGUUGAAGGUGGAUAAGUUUGCUUUCUGCAGUUUUCAGCUUAACUCUCUUGCUCUUCCUCCAGUUGACUCUUUGUUGAAUUUUUCAGUGAUAGAGUAAUUGUUGUGCCCUCACUUUGCAAGCUUACAUCUACACCUAUAAAUUGAACUCAUUUAUGGUGAAUAAAAACUAUCUUCUUUAUGUUGUC